AUGGCCAAGACGGUCGUCAUUCUCGGAGCUGGCUGGGCUGGUCUCCCCUUGGCUCAUAAGCUUCUCAAGUACACGGUUCCCAAAGUCCCUGGCCUCAAGGUGAUACUCAUAUCUCCAAACAGCCACUUCUUCUGGAACGUUGCAGCUACACGUGGGAUUAUACCAGACGCCAUCCCGGACGACCAACUUUUCCUACCCAUCAAGCCUGCUUUUGACCAGUACCCUUCCGAGAGCUUCGAGUUUGUUCUCGGCAAAGCAGACAAGAUCAACCCUGCGGCGAAUUCUGUGCAGGUUUCUUCGGAAGAAGGAAUUCGACGCGAUAUUGUGUAUGAUCAACUGGUCAUUGCAACUGGAUCUCGAUUGACCAGCAACUUGCCGCUCAAGCCCAUCGGAAGCCACAAAGACACCCUCUCGGCAUGGAAAGACCUGAAGAAGAGAGUUGGCGAGUCCAUCUCGAUUGUCAUUGCAGGUGCUGGAGCUACCGGUAUCGAGGUUGCAGGAGAGCUGGCAGCGAGAUACGGACAGUCCAAGAAUAUCACUCUCGUGAUAAGUGGUGACCAACCGUUGGAAGGGGCCCAUUCUUCGGUUCGAGCGUCAGUGGAUAAGGACCUCAAGAGUCUUGGCGUGAAGCUCACCUACAGAGCCCGUGUGACCGAGACAAACGACGGCCAAAAUGGCAAACAGACGGAGCUCACGCUGUCGAAUGGAAGCAUCCUCACGGCGGACUUGUAUCUCCCCCUUUAUGGCAUCAAGCUCAACACUGGAUUUCUGCCUCAUGAGUUCUUGGACUUGGACGGGAAUGUGAAGCUGGAUAACAAGAUGCGAGUCACUGGCACGGAAAACAUCUGGGGUAUUGGGGAUAUUGGCAACAUCGAUCCGAAACAACUCACGAUUACCGACAACCAAAUCAUUCACAUGGCGGCAGCACUGGACGCGACCUUGACCGAACAAGGUUCUGUGAAGUCUUAUGAACCAGCAAACAAGGCGAUGAUCUUUAUCUCUCUCGGUAAGAAACACGCCACGGGUCAGAUCGGGAACUGGAAGCUUUUCUCCUUCAUGGUGUCGUUUGUCAAGGGGAGGAAGCUUUUCGUUGAUACAGCCGAGGGAUACGUUGGAGGAAAGCACUUGAGGCAUGCUUCGAUGUAA